AUGGAACAUCGAUUCCUAUCAACCGACCCCAAAGACGACUUUGUUACCACCCUCAAGGGUGCUGCCUCACAUCAUUCAAUCCUCUUCAAAGGUGGAAAUCACUAUAUUACACAUUUGGUUGCAAAAGAGAUCUUAUCAAGAUACAACAUUAAUUCUAUCGAUAUUAGAGGUUGCAUUGAGUUCAUUGUAGAUGUCUUUUUUGUUCCUUCAUUUUCGACAUUACAUUCACCAACAAUAACUUAUUUAUUAAUUAAUGAUCAAAAGAGUAAUUAUUAUAAUGUCGUACCGAUUUCAAUCAAUAGUUUAUAUUAUGAUUUUAAUGACUUCAUCAAUAAAUAUGACAAUGACAAUUUCAAAGUUCAUAUACUAAUGUCAUCAAGACACUUUGUUUUUGCAAGAAAUCAAUAUUAUUAUGAACAGAAUUAUCAUAUAAUUAAUAAAAAUCCUUUAGAAAUAAUAAAUGAUACAUAUAAACAUAAUAUUGAUAUUUUUACUUUGUUUAAUCGUAUUUUCAAAGAAUUAUCAACUAUAUUUUUAGAUUUAAAGAUUGAAUUGUUUAUACCAUAUCCAGAGAUUCACAUAUCACCCAUUAUAUUAUCAUUUUCUAAAAUAAAAGAUAAUUUAUUAAUUAAUAAUAUAAAUAAUAAAUCACUUUUAUUUAAAGCAACAGAAAUAAUAAAAAAGCUAUCAUUAUUUUUAUCAAAUGAUAUUGUUGAUUUAUUUCCUUCUGGAGAAGCUUUGUUUAAUACUGUUUUUCAUUCUCCUACAACUCAACCAAUCAAGGUUAUUAUAUUAGAUAAUAGUAAUAAAGAUAAUCAUCCUUUUCUAAAGAUUGUUUCAACUUUUAAUAAUAGUAUUAUAUCUAGUUAUAAUAAUGAUAAUCAUCAACCAAAUUUUCUACCAUUUCCAAUAGAAAUGUAUUUUGAACAAAUUGGUUUAAUUUUUAAUUCACCCAAUGAUUUUAAAAAAUCAUCAAUACCAAACAAUAUUAUUGAAUCUUUAUUAAUAUUAGGCUGUCAAUUAAAUAUUAUAUAUUCACAUGUUAGAAGAACACCACAUCAAGUUGGUAUCGAAAUUAUUAUCUAUUUAUAUAUUAUCUAUAUAAUUAAUCACCCAAAUGAUUAUGAAAUAUCUAAAUUUCAAAAUCAUUAUUCUUUAUUAUUUGAAUCCAUCCCAGAAUGGUGUUUUAAUUUUGUAAAUUUCUCUAUCAAUAAACAAAUCAACACAUAUUCAAUCAAAUCAAUGACAAUGGAUGGCCAAACUGCUAUUCCACUUCGUCCUCCAACAGAUGCUAAAUCAGCUUUUAUUUUAGGUGUUUCAUCAAAUUCAAAUUAUAAAAAGAAACAAUACCUACCAAUUCCAAUCAUUCCAAAUGAUUUCAAAUUGAAAUCUAAAGAUAACUCUGUAGUUUGUGAUAUCUUGGGUCUUAUGGAUUGCCAAGAUACAGCUAUAGAUCAGAAUCAUGGUUUUUAUAUAAUCUUUAUAAGUUCAUUAAAUAUGAAAUCAAAUAUUAUUUCAAUUUUAGAAUCAAAAUUGAUCCCAUCAUCAUCCAUCUCUAAAUAUUUAAUUGUGGAUAUAUCUAUAUGGUUAAAUUCAAUUGGUAGAAAGAGACCAACUAGAAUAUUAUCUUUACCAUUCGAUAAGAAGAGAUCAGGAGGUGUUCAUUUUUAUACACCAAAGAAUAUAGACUCUAUCACCCAAAUAUUUAUACAACAAUCAACUAAGAUAAGUGAAAAAGAAAAGAAUUCACUUCUUUUUAUGAAUAAUAUGAUAAAUAAUAAUAAUAAUAAUAAUAAUAAUAAUAAUAAUAAUAAUAAUAAUAAUAAUAAUUCAAUUCAAUAUGUUAAUAAUUGUUGGAUAUUAAUUAGAGAAUCAACAAAAGAACAAUUGGAACAUGGUAAAAGUCUGUUGAAUCAAUCAUGUCUUGGUAUCAAUACUAUGUUGUAUCUAAUGAAUCUCAAUCUACCAGUUGGAACUGUUCAGUUACAAUCUAUUAAUCCUAGAUUGAUUAUAGAGAUUGCUUCAUGCUAUUGGAAUGAUGCUAAAGACAGAACUCAAUUGUCUUUUAUGUUGGAUAAAUUGGAAACACUAGACUUGGUGAUUAUUGGUUCAUUAGAUCGACUUUCUCGUCGAGUUGAUGAUUUCAAUCAUAUCAUUGAUAUCUUUGUUGAAAAGAAAGUUAGAUUCAUCAUUAUUAUUGCACCAACAGAUAUAUUUGGUAAAUUCAUUUCCUGUUUAUUGGAUUUCUCAAGCAAACAAGUAUUUACAACAAUGGUUAAAGAAUGGAGCAAUGGUAAAUGGGAAUUAAGUUCAAUGUCAAUUAAUAUGGUUUUGGAUCAGAUGAGAACGUUUUACAAUGCUUUUCAUCAAUUAUCAAUUCAACAAUCUAUCUAUACUUUGAGAUAUCAUCAACAAUCAUAUUGGACUGUCAAUAGCAUUGGAUCUUUGUUUUAUGAAUUUUUUGAAAAUCAAUUCAAAAUUAAUUCAAAUACUGUAAGAGGAUCUUACUUUGUUCGUUCAUCUCCUGGUAAAUUUGGUCAGUCUUCUUUAAAAUACAACAAGUCGACUGAAGAUCAAUUGUUAUUUCUAAAAUCAAUGAUUAAUUUGGAUAGAAAAGAUAGUUUUCCUAAAACUAAAGCUCAUUCCUAUUUGAAUGUGGACAAGAAUAGACUGAAUCAAGAUAUCAUUGAUGAUAUCGAUGAUUUUGUAGACGAUUUAGAAGAAGACUCUAAUGAUUUUUUAAUUGAAAAAUCAAUAGAAGAAUUUAAACAAUUAAAAAAUUCCAAUAAUUUUUUAAUUGUUUCUAUAUCUCUUGACCGAUUAUUACGUGAUGAAAGUUUUUAUGAUAAGAUGAUUCAAUGCUCAGAGGAGAAUGGUUGCCUAAUUAUCAUAUUUUUUCCUACAUUCAACAUUAUCAAGGAAUUAUAUAAAUCAAAUAAUAAUUAUUUGUUAUCAACACUCAACCAAAUUCUACAACAUUUAAAUUUAGAAACAUCUACAACUCUUUCUCCUCAACUUGAACAUUUAAAUGAAUAUAUCAAACUUCAAAUUGAGAAGGAACAAUUCUUUCAAUUAACAUUUAAUAAUGGUGUAACAGACUCCAAGUACCACUUUACUCAACAAAUGGUUCUUCCAGUUUUGGUAAAUCGCUCCAACAAGGAUUUAUUAAUACAAGCAGUUCUAAAUUCAAGACACUUUCUGGAAUACACGAGAAAGAAUAUGAUUCCAUAUACAAUCUAUAGAAGUAGGUUUACGAAUGUAGUUGGAAACAAAACAGAGGUUUCGAUUGCUGAAAUUGAUUUAGAUAAGGAAGACAAAUACUCAGUUUCAAAGUUCAUGGGAACUGUUAUGGAUUCAUGCAACCUUGGCCCUCAAGAUAGAGAUUUGCUAAGCCAACCUAUUCAAGAAGCAUCAACUUUCUUCCAUGCCAAGAAUUUUUCUUCACAAGCUCACUCCAACGUCAAUAAGAAAGCUCAUGAUACUAUUAGAAAUGUUAAAUCUGUUUUGGAUUUUGAAAAAUAUUAUGAUCCUUCAAAUAAAUAUAACAAAGAUGUUUUUAAUAUCUUUUCCAAGACUAUUGUCGAUGAUCUAAAUUCACCUUCAAAAAAGACAAUCAAAUCUUCCACCUCGUCAACCUCUUCUAAAUCAGGUGCAUCUUCAACUAUAACAACCUCAACCACUACCACUUCUCAAUCCUCAGAGUACUUUUGUAAAGAUUGUGGUAAACCUAGAGAAUAUAAAACUAAAAAAGGAAAAUAUUGUGAUGAUUGUUUUAAAGCCAACAAAAACUUACAAAACAAAUGUAAAAAACAAAAAUUACACAAUAAUAAAUAA